AUGAAGAUGGAGAGCACGGGCCCGUCUCGACUGCAGAAGAGCUCAUCCUUGCGCCAGUCGACACGGCCCCGUCGCUACAACGACGAGGUGUACGACGACGACGAGUACGGCUCGCCGUCGCGCGGUCGAGGGUCGGUCGGCAUCGGCGCCAACGGCGGCGGCGACGACGAGUACCCGUCGGACGAGGAGGGCGACGGCCUCCUCCGCGCGACGGCCCACAUCUGGCGCGAGCCGCUCCAGGCCUACAUUACCGACCUGCACGCGCGCCGCCGCCAAGUCGAGCAAGACGUCGAGGACGCCGAGGCGUCGCGCAAGUUCAUCGUCGCCGCUCGCGCCGUCGACAUGACCGCGCAGCGCAUCCCGGCCAUGCGCGCCCGCCGCGAGAUCCGCGCCGUCGAGAUCAAGCACGAGAACGAGGUGCGCGCCCGCGAGGAGGCGCUCGCCCAGCAGCGCGCCGCGCAGGAGGACGAGAAGCGCCAGCGCAAGGAGGUCGACAAGGAGGAGCGCCUGCGCAAGCAGCGCGACGCGGCCCGCAAGAAGCGCGAGGAGGACCGCCUCAAGCGCGAGCACGACAACGAGCAGCGCCGCCUGCGCGCCGAGGAGGCCCGCAUCGCCAAGCUCGCCGAGGCCGAGCGCAAAGCGGCCCUCACGCCCGAGCAGCGCGAGGCCGAGGACCGCGCUCUCGCCGAAAAGCUCGCUCGCGAGCGCGAGGAGGCGGCGCAGCGCGUGCGGGCGGCCGAGGAGGAGCUGCUCGCGACGGGCCGCGGCGCGCGCAAGCGUCGCCGGCCGCUCGACGGCACGGGCGACCCGGAGGAGGACGCGGCGCUCGCGCUCUCGUCCAUGUACGCCGAGUACGACGAGCUCGACGACGACGACGACGCCGGCGACCUGUUUGACGCGCCGGGCUCCAAGGGCCGCAAAGGCAAGGGCAGCUCGCGCCGCGGCUCGUCGUUUGCGCCCGAGCCGUUCGUCCUCCCGCCGGGCGCCUACACCGGCCCGGACGGGCAGUACUACGACGCUGCCGGCCAGCCUCUCGUCGUGCCGCAGCCUGGUGCGUCGCGGCACGGCUCGCCGCACGAGGACGGCGACUUUCUCGCCGAGGACCAAGGCGGCGACAUGGUCAAGCAGAAGAAGCCGAUCGACGAGCUCGAGCGCAAGGUGUGGAUGCAGAUCGCGCGCAAGGACAUCCCCAAGGUCGUCAAGGUCGCGCAGCAGUCGACGACGUCGCGCCUGUUCUUCGCCAAGCGCCUGUCGUCCAUCGUCGCCCGCGAGGCCAAGCGUGCCUCAACCCGCACCAAGCCGACCAAGGACGUCCAGACGCGCGGCAAGCGCGUCAUGCGCGAGCUCAUGAUGUUCAUGAAGGGCAACGAGAAGCGCGAGCGCGAGGCGCGCAAGAAGGCCGAGAAGGAGGCGCUCGACAAGGCGCGCAAGGAGGAGGAGGUCCGCGAGGCCAAGCGCCAGGCGCGCAAGCUCAACUUCCUCAUCACCCAGACCGAGCUCUACUCGCACUUUGUCGGCAGCAAGAUCAAGACGAGCGAGGCCGAGGACUCUGCCGACACGGCCGCCGAGGCUAAGCCGGCCGAGCCUGUGCAGCCGAGCGCGUCGCUCGCGGCGGCGAUGGCGGCCAAGGACGUCCAGGACGGCGAGCUGCGCGCACUCGACUUUGACGAGGACGACGAGGAGAAUGCGGCCAUCCACGCUCGCCGCAACGCCCAGGCCGCCGUCGACAAGGCUCGUCUCGCCGCCUCGGCGUUCGACGCGGCGGCCAAGCAGCAGAACGGCACCGCGCUCGACGGCAGCAGUGCCCCCCAGUCGAACGCGCCGCUCGACUUUGACGGUGACGACCUCAACUUCCAGAACCCGGACACCGAGAGCCUCGUCGUCAAGCAGCCCAAGAUGCUCGCGUGCACGCUCAAGGAGUACCAGCUCAAGGGCCUCAACUGGCUCGCCAACCUGUACGAGCAGGGCAUCAACGGCAUCCUCGCCGACGAGAUGGGUCUCGGCAAGACGGUCCAGAGCAUCUCGCUCAUGGCCUACCUCGCCGAGGUGCACAACAUUUGGGGCCCGUUCCUCGUCAUCUCGCCUGCGUCGACGCUCCACAAUUGGCAGCAGGAGAUCACGCGGUUCGUCCCGGGCCUCAAGGCGCUCCCGUACUGGGGCACGACCAAGGACCGCGCCGUCCUGCGCAAGUUCUGGAACCGCAAGUCGAUCGUGUACGACAAGGACGCGCCGUUCCACGUCGUCGUCACGUCGUACCAGCUCGCCGUCGCCGACGAGAAGUACUUCAACCAGGUCAAGUGGCAGUACAUGGUGCUCGACGAGGCGCAGGCCAUCAAGUCGUCGUCGUCGACCCGGUGGAAGACGCUCCUCGGCUUCCGGUGCCGCAACCGCCUCCUCCUCACGGGCACGCCGAUCCAGAACUCGAUGCACGAGCUGUGGGCGCUCCUCCACUUCAUCAUGCCGUCCCUGUUCGACAACCACGACGAAUUCUCCGAGUGGUUCUCCAAGGACGUCGAGAACAGCGUCGGCGAGAAGGGCGCCAUGAACGAGCACCAGCUCCGUCGCCUGCACAUGAUCCUCAAGCCCUUCAUGCUCCGCCGCAUCAAGAAGAACGUCCAGAACGAGCUCGGCGACAAGAUCGAGAUCGACCUGUACUGCGACCUGACGCCGCGCCAGAAGGCCAUGUACCGCACGCUCAAGGAGAACAUCUCGAUCACGGACCUCGUCGCCCGCGCGUCGUCGCUCAGCGACGACGACAGCGUCAAGCGCCUCAUGAACCUCAUCAUGCAGUUCCGCAAAGUGUGCAACCACCCCGAGUUGUUCGAGCGCGCCGACGUGACGGCCCCGUUCGCGUUCGCCACGUUCAACCAGACGGCGAGCAUCAUGCGCGACCCCGACCUCCUCGACGUCCCGUACGCGACGCACAGCAAGAUCGAGUACGUCAUCCCCAAGACCCUGUACCGCGACGGCGGCAUGCUCCACGUGCCCGGGCCCGACUCGCGCGCCGGCUUCGACAGCUUCCACCUCGACCGCCUCCUCAACAUCUGGCGCCCCGACUACGUUCAGCACUCGCUCAAGAACAACAACUCGACGUUCGGCUUCGCCCGCAGCCUCGGCUACUCGCCGGGCGAGCUGUACAAGGCCGUCUCGUCGCACGGCAUGCUCCGCCUCGGCGAUGCCGUACAGCGACAAGCGCGCGCCAAGGCCGUCCACUUCUACGAGUCGUCCCUCGACGACGACGACGACACGCCCGCCUUCCACCUCCACAUCCCGUCCAAGCCCUCGUCCCUCCCUCGCAGCUCGGCGUGGCAGAGCCUCGGCUUGACGCCGCUCGCCGAGGUCGAGCAGAACUACCGCCGCACCUCGCCCCUCACCCGUCCCGACGCCCGGUUCUACUACGACGCCGCCGUCGCCCCGCCGAUCACGGCCGUCUGCAACGACCGCUCGUACGCCUACGACGACGCGCACGAGCGCUUCGACGAGCUCUUCCACGGCGCCGUGUUCGGCCUGCCGGCGUCGUCGCACGAGUCGCCGGCCGCCAUCGCCCAGUUCGAGUCGGCGCUCCCCGGCUUCUCGCCGCAGGGCAUCCUCGGCGCGUCGGACGAGACGCAGCUGCCGCUGCCGUCAAUGCAGGUGCCACAGCUGCAGAAGCUCAUCCUCGACUCGGGCAAGCUCGCCAAACUCGACGCGCUUCUGACGCAGCUCAAGACCGAGGGCCACCGGUGCCUCAUCUACUUCCAGAUGACCCGCAUGAUGGACCUGUUCGAGGAGUACCUCGCGUUCCGCCAGCACAAGUAUCUGCGCCUCGACGGCGGCUCGACCAUCUCGGAGCGUCGCGACAUGGUCACCGACUGGCAGACCAAGCCCGAGCUCUUCCUGUUCCUCCUGUCGACGCGCGCCGGUGGCCUCGGCAUCAACCUGACGGCCGCCGACACGGUCAUCUUCUACGACUCGGACUGGAACCCGUCGAACGACGCGCAGGCGAUGGACCGAGCGCAUCGCCUCGGCCAGACCAAGCAGGUCACCGUGUACCGCCUCAUCACCAAGGACACGGUCGACGAGCGCAUCGUCCAGCUCGCCCGCAACAAGAAGCUCGUCCAGGACGCCGUCGUGGGCUCGUCGGGCGCUGCGCCGCCGAGCGAGGGCCCGGCCAAGGCCAACGAGGUCGUGUCGCUCCUCCUCAACGACGACGAGCUCGAGGACAGCCUGCGCCAGGCCGAGGAGCGCCGCAAGCGCCUCGACGAGAAGAAGAGCGCCGAGGGCAAGAAGGGUGCGCAGCAGCGCGAGCACAACCGGCGCGAGAAGGCGGCGGCGGCGGCGGAGAAGCCCGGGCUCGACCUCGACAACGGCGACGACGAAGACGGCAUGUCCUUCUUCGCCAACGUCAACCAGACGGCUGCGGCAGCCGACGACGACGAGCAGCCGGCCGCGAGCGGGUCCGAGACGCCGCAGCCGCAGGCGCCGGCCAAGCCCAAGGCCGCACCGCGCAAGCGCAAGGCCGAGCUCGACGAGAACGGCGAGCCCAAGCAGAAGCGCAAGCGCCGCACCAAGGCCGAGAUGGAGCUGUUCCGCGCCGAGGAGGCCGAGCGCAAGCGCAAGCGCGAGGAGGAGCGCCUCGCCAAGAAGGCAGAGAAGGCCAAGGGCGGCGGCAGGCGCUGAGGAGGACGAGAAGGAGGAGGGGAGGUGGUCCCGCUUUGUCGCACUCGCGCUCUCGUUCAUGUUGUUCUCCCUUCGUCUCUCUCUCUCUCUCUCCUCGCACUUCUCCUCGUUCUCUCUUUGUCCCUCUGUAGUCGUCGAGUCGGUCACGAAUGUCCACAGCGUUGCAUCGUCCUCGCACGU